AUGCGGUCAAAACUCAUCAUGAAGUCCCAGUGGACAUUUUUGCUCCUGCAUUCUUGUUUAUUGCUGGCCAUUGGCUUAGAUUUGGAAGUUAAAUAUCAUCCAGAAACUGAUGCAGUCAACUACAGGGAUCCAUGCAAGGCAGUGGCAUUUGUAGGAGACAUCGCUCUGGACAAGGAUGACUUGCGCUUCUUCAGACGAGAACGGACCGGGAAGGACCUUCAACACACCACCUCACAGUCUAAUAACACUGUCACAGGUGUGUCCAACAGAAAUGGAGAAACGGAUGCCGCAUCCAAUAGGAGUCGACUGAGCAUUUCUCGUAGGAAGAGAGCUGCGACUGCGAAGACUGAGAGAAUUUGGCCUGAUGGAGUCAUUCCUUACAUCAUCAGCGCCAAUUUCAGCGGCAGUCAGAGAGCCAUCUUUAAACAGGCCAUGAGGCACUGGGAGAGACAUGUCUGUGUAACCUUUGUAGAAAGAAUGGCUGAGGAGAGCUACAUCAUCUUCACAUACCGGCCAUGUGGAUGUUGUUCUUAUGUGGGUCGGAGGGGUGAUGGACCCCAGGCUAUCUCCAUUGGCAAGAACUGCGAUAAAUUUGGCAUUGUGGUUCACGAGCUGGGUCAUGUGAUUGGCUUCUGGCACGAACACACACGACCCGACCGAGACACACAUGUCAGCAUUAUUAAAGAGAACAUACAGCCAGGCCAGGAGUAUAAUUUCCUAAAGAUGGAGCCGGAUGAGGUGAACUCAUUAGGAGAGAUGUACGAUUUUGACAGCAUCAUGCACUACUCCACAAACACGUUCUCCAGAAGCACCCUCCUUGAUACGAUUCUGCCUCGGUAUGAUGUGAAUGGAAUCAGACCCCCUAUUGGUCAGAGGAUGAGACUGAGCAAAGGGGACAUCACUCAAGCACGGAAGCUCUACAAGUGUCCUAAGUGUGGCGAGAGUCUGCAGGAUAGCUCUGGAAAUUUCUCUUCUCCUGGAUUCCCUAAUGGCUAUGCCGCUUACACACAUUGUGUAUGGAGCAUCUCUGUUACACCUGGAGAAAAGAUCAUCCUUAACUUCACCUCCAUGGAGCUCUACCAAAGUAAUCUUUGCUGGUAUGAUUAUGUUGAGGUGCGAGAUGGAUACUGGAGGAAAUCUCCUUUAAUAGGCCGUUUUUGUGGGGAUCAGGUCCCAGAGUCUCUCGUUUCCACCAACAGUCGUUUGUGGAUUGAGUUUCACAGCAGCAGUAACUGGGUCGGAAAAGGAUUCUCGGCCAUGUAUGAAGCAAUGUGUGGUGGGGAAAUGGAAACUGACAGUGGACAGAUUCAGUCACCUAACUACCCUGACGACUAUCAGCCCAGUAAAGUGUGUGUGUGGAAGGUGACAGUGACUGAAGGGUUUCACGUGGCACUUUGCUUCCAGGCAUUUGAGUUGGAGAGACAUAACAGGUGUGCGUACGAUUAUGUGGAGGUGCGUGAUGGUAGCUCGGAGAGUGACCCGCUCCUUGGACGAUUCUGUGGCAGCCAAAAUCCCCAAGACAUCAAAAGCAGCUCCAACCAACUCUGGAUGAAGUUUGUCUCAGAUGGUUCUGUUAAUAGAGGUGGAUUUGCUGCAAACUUCUUUAAAGAGGUGGAUGAAUGUUCCAGACCUGAUAAAGGUCAGUGUAUUCAGAGGUGUAUUAAUACGCUGGGUAGUUAUCGGUGUGCUUGUCACCCCGGAUACGAACUCGCCACGGACCGACGCAGCUGUGAGGCUACAUGUGGAGGUUUCCUCACUGCGUUAAAUGGCUCUGUGUUCAGUCCCGGCUGGCCUCAUGAAUACCCGCAUAAUAAACACUGUGUGUGGCAGCUCAUUGCUCCUGAACACUACACCAUCACACUGCUGUUCCACAGCUUCGACACAGAGGGCAACGACGUGUGUAAAUAUGAUUAUGUGGAGGUUCGCAGUGACUCCAGACUCCACGGGAGAUUCUGCGGAGCUGCAACUCCAGAGCCGAUCACCUCUGACUCCAACAUCCUGCAUGUGGAGUUUAAAUCCGACAGCACCGUGUCCCGUAGGGGUUUCACAGCGACUUUCUUCUCUGAUGUGGAUGAGUGCUCCAGGGCGAAUGGUGGGUGCCAGCACGAGUGUGUGAACACAUUUGGGAGUUACAGCUGUCAGUGCCACAGUGGAUUCAUCUUACACACCAAUAUGCAUGACUGCAAGGAAGCUGGUUGUGACCAUGUGAUCACCAGCAUGCCUGUAUCCAUUAUGAGCCCCAACUGGCCAGAUAAAUAUCCCAAUAAGAAGGUGUGCACUUGGGCCCUAACCACUACACCAGGCCACCGAAUCAAACUGGCCUUUAAUGAGAUCGACAUGGAGAGCCAUCUUGAAUGUUCCUAUGAUCAUCUGGAUGUUUAUAAUGGCCCCAACGAUGCAUCGCCCAGUUUGGGACGUUUUUGUGGAAGCAAAAAACCACCACCUGUUAUUUCCAGCACCAACAAGAUGUUUCUACAAUUUUUCUCUGAUAAUUCGGUGCAGAAACGAGGCUUUGAGGCAUCUUUUACAACAGAAUGUGGUGGCGUUCUGAAAGCUGAGGCGGAGCCUGGAGAUCUGUACUCUCAUGCUCAGUUUGGUGAUAAUAACUACAGCACAGCUGAGGAGUGUGAGUGGGUGAUAGCAGCUGAGAAAGGAUUCGGAGUUAAGCUCAUCUUUAACAUCUUCGAUUUGGAGGAUGAGGCAGAGUGCAAGUACGAUUACAUGGAGAUAUUUGAUGGAACUGACACUAAAGCACCACGCCUUGGGCGAUACUGUGGAUCCGGGCCUCCAGAUGAAACUUACUCAGCCGGGGAUGCCAUUGUCAUCAAAUUCCACACAGAUGAUACAAUCAGUAAAAAAGGAUUUCACAUCCAGUACACCAGCACCAAAUUCCAUGACACACUUCACACCAGUAAGUGACUCGUGGUAGUGUUCCUGGGAUCUGUUUUCUCAGUGGAAAUGUUCCUUCAGAC